AUGGAAAGCCGACAAGAAAGCGCCUCGGAACCUGCUAGGGCGUACCCCAGAAGCGACGCGCAGGAGCCCCGCCUGACUCCUGUGAUAAGUGAGCAAGGGCUACCACGUCAAGAACGGACGCGGUUAAAGAAGCCAGUUCAGAAGAUUAGAGUUGGAACGCUGAAUGUGGGAAGUCUGACAGGAAGGAGUAGAGAGUUGGCAGACGUGAUGGAGAGGAGAAAAAUAGGUGUGCUGUGUGUGCAGGAAACCCGGUGGAAGGGAAACAAAUCGAGGGAGAUAGGAGAGGGUUGUAAGCUCAUUUACACAGGAGCCAACAAUCAAGGGAGAAAUGGAGUUGGGAUUAUCUUGGACAAAAAGUGGAGAGAAAAUCUAGUCCAUGUUGGAAGGAGAAGCGACAGGAUAAUGAGCGUCAAGCUUGCGUUAGGAAAACUGGUGCUAAAUGUCAUCUGUGCCUAUGCACCACAGGUAGGAUGUAGUAAUGAAGAAAAAGACGAGUUUUGGCAACAACUGGAUGUGGAACUACAGGCGAUACCACAGGAAGAGAGGGUGUUCUUAGGAGGAGACCUAAACGGUCACUUAGGCCCUGAGAGAGGAGUCCUGCACAGGGUACAUGGAGGAUGGGGAAUGGGUGAGCUAAAUGAAGAAGGAGAAAGGGUCAUAGAUUUUGCAUUAGCAAAUGAUAUGGCCAUAGCGAACACUUUCUUCAAGAAGGAUGCCCACCAAUAUGUCACUUACAAAAGUGGGGGUAGAGAGAGUCAAAUUGACUUCCUCGGGUGUAGAAGGAACCAUCUUGGUGAGGUGAAAAAUUGUAAAGUGAUCAAAGGAGAAAGUGUUUCGGCCCAACAUCGAAUUGUAGUUUUAGAUUGCGAAGUGAAGAACACGAAGAGGGGGAAACAGCUAAGCAUACCAAAGAUUAAGUGGUGGAAACUAAAAGAAGAACAUCUCAAGGUGGACUUUAAGGAGAAAGUGAUGAGAGAAGUAACAUCUAAGGAGGACACAAAUGAGUGGUGGGAAGAGAAUAGUAAGGUCAUUAGGAGGGUGGCAGAGGAGGUGCUAGGAAAAACAUCUGGGAAAGGAAUGCCUCAAGGAAAAGAUACAUGGUGGUGGAGUGAGGAAGUUCAAGUUAAGAUCAAGGAAAAGAAGGCGGCGAGAAGAAAGUUUGAAACAUCAGCAAAGAGGAGAAAUAGAGCGACAAAAGAUUUCACACAGAUAAAACAGAUAAAGGAUGGAGAAGGAAGACUACUCAGUGACGAGAAUGAAAUUAGGAAUAGAUGGAAGGUCUACUUUGAAAAGCUACUGAAUGAGGAGAAUGAGAGGAGAGUUUUUGGAGAAGCUACUGGACCCGAUGAAGUACCAGCAGAAGCAUGGAAAAGUUUGGGCGAUGAUGGAGUGGAUCUCUUGUGGGAUCUUUUCAGUAAGAUCUAUGAUCAAGGAAAGAUGCCCAAUGCAUGGAGGGAGAGUGUGAUCAUACCAAUAUAUAAAGAAAAGGGGGACAUACAAGAGUGCGGAAACUACCGAGGAAUCAAACUGAUGUCACAUACAAUGAAAAUAUGGGAAAGAAUCAUAGAAAGGAGGAUUAGAAAUGAAACUGAGAUAGGGGACCAACAGUUUGGGUUCAUGCCUGGAAGAGGGACAACGGAUGCCAUCUUUGCUGUUAGGCAGAUGAUGGAGAAAUAUGGGGAAAAACAGAGAAAGUUACAUAUUGUAUUUAUAGAUUUAGAAAAAGCGUAUGAUAGGGUGCCAAGAGGAGAAGUAUGGAGGUGUUUGAGGGAAAGGAAUGUGUCUGAAAAGUACGUCAGAUUAGUGCAGGAUAUGUAUGAGGGGGCAACAACGCAAGCAAGGUCGAGCGUGGGACUGACAGAAAAAUUCUCUGUCGCAGUUGGACUACACCAAGGGUCUUCUCUGAGUCCGUACAUCUUUGACCUGGUAAUGGAUGUCUUGGGCCAAAACAUCAUCGCACCAGCCCCUUGGGAUAUGCUGUUUGCGGACGACAUAGUCCUAAUCGAUACCACCAGAGAAGGGAUAUAUGGUAAAUAUCCUAUCAACAUUUAG